UCAACGCUAUGUCUUCUGCAUAUUUCCCCAAUACUUCGCCCACCGAGAUGGACAAAAGUCAUCUUCUCGCGGAGAUUGCCUGUCGUCCUGCGAUUUGGGACACCCGCAUCACCUUCUCCGUCCGCCGCCCGCAAAUGCUUCUCGACUGGCCGGCGGUGGCCAGGGCCGUGAACUCGAGCGUGGACGAGUGCAAGCGCCGCUGGAAGGGACUCCGGGGCAACUAUCGCUCCGAGCUGCGGCGCAGUCAUGAGCCCAGUAAGGUUUGCCGCUGGCGCUACUUCCACGAGAUGGAGUUUAUGCGCGGCGUCUUCUCGGACCCCAGUCCAUGUGUUGCGCCGCCGGCCAAGAGGCCCAAACUCCAACUGGAGAUCUUUAGCCCCGCAUUGGCCGUAGGUGGUCUCCGCUUCGAGGAGCCGGAGAGUCUCUUCGAGGUGCUGGACGAGCUGGAAGUCGGUCUGGACAUCGACGAGGAGCUGACCAAGCUUCUGGGCUCCGAGAACUGGCUGUGGGACCCCAACUUGGAUUUGACCUUUCCUCUGGACGAGGUUCCGAUUCCCAGUCAACCUCUGGACCUGCGGAAGCAUGCGGAGUCCAACGAUCCCGACCACACCUACCUGAUGAGCCUGCUGCCCACAGUCCAAGCGCUAAGCGAUCGCUCCCGGCAGCGUUUCCGCAUCCUGGCAACGAAUCUGCUGGAGCGGGUGAUGGCCAAGGACCAGCAGAGACAGCAUCUUCAUAAGGCUUAAGAUCCGAUGGACGA